CGGAGCGCCGGCGCGGAGCCAGGAGGAAGAGGGGGCGUCCAAAACGACAGCAUUCAGCGGUUCAUGACUUGGCGUGGCUGGCAGGAGCGGCGGAGUUGAAUCGGCGACGUCCCCUCCACAGACCUUGUAGCGGAUUUGGGUUGCAACAGCAGCAUCAACAGCAGCAGCAUCGCGGAGCUCCGCGGAGAUUCCCGGCGGUGUUGGGCCCGCCUGAUGGAGCCGCCAAGCGGCGGCGGAGCAGGUGGCGGUUCGGCGCCGAGCUCCGGAGCCGCUGCUGACUGGGGGAGCGUGGCGCUCGUCCCUGCGGCGGACACUGCGGUUCCCUCCGCGCGUCCCUCGCCACCUUGAGCGUCCCGGAGACGGCCGUCCAGACCCUUUUGUCGCGGGAAGGGGGCUCCCGACGAACCCGAAGCCGCGCCGACACCCCCGCUCGACUCGAUGAGCAGCUGCUGCAUCUGGCCGCGGUCAUGGCUCCGAUUCCCACGUACCUCAAUCCGGCCGCCGUCCUGGUCCUGGUCAGCUGCGACCUGUGCCUUGUGCGCGCAAAUCGGCCCCCAUCGCCCGUCAACGUGACUGUUACACAGCUCAAGGCAAACUCGGCCACCGUCUCCUGGGAUGUGCCAGAAGGAGACGUCAUCAUCGGCUAUGCUAUUUCACAGCAGCGACAAGAUGGGCAAAUGCAACGAUUCAUCCGGGAGGUGAACACCACAAACAGGGCCUGUGUACUCUGGGAUCUGGCAGAGGAUGCAGACUACAUCAUCCAGGUCCAGAGCAUUGGCCUCCACGGAGAGAGUCAGGCUAGCAAGAGAGUCCAUUUUCGCACGUUAAAGCAAAGCGACCGACUUCCAUCCAACAGCUCAAACCAAGGAGACAUCACAAUGGAGGGGCUGGACAAAGAGCGGCAGCUGCAGACCGGGGAGAUAAUUAUCAUUGUGGUUGUGCUGCUUAUGUGGGCAGCUGUGAUCGCACUCUUCUGCAAGCAAUAUGACAUCAUUAAGGACAACGAUUCCAACAAUAAUAAAGAGAAGACCAAGCCUUCCUCAGAACAUAGCACUCCAGAGCGGCCCACGGGGGGGCUACUACGUAGCAAGGGAGAGAUUCCCAAGCACACUGGACCAUGAAGAGGACCUGGGACACAAGGUGAAAGGCUUUACUAGAGGUACCAGCAUCAUUCUUUACUACAAUUAUUAUAUGCCACAUUCUCAAUCCUCACUUAAGCUACAAUGCAGUUUUUUCCCUACUUAGGAUGUAAUAUGAACCUUAUUGUAUAAGGAUACAAAGCUUUUAAGGAUUAACAUUUAUUGUCAAUUAAAUCUGUAUAGCCUCCCAUCUCCCCAAAAAUGAUUCUAUGCCAAUUCAAGAUCCACUGCCAGUUGGUGCCUAGAAUUUUAAAGAAUAUAAUAAUGAUAAUAAAUAAUAACAUACUCUCAGAGCUAUUAGAAUACCAGCAUGGCAAUAUAUUGAAUGGAAGUGGACAUCACGUAAGACAUGAGGGAACGAAAUCACUCCAUCUUUCUAUUAUUUGCAAGUAAUUGGGCUACAUCUAGUAACCAAAUAUUAUCAGGCUCUAUUUUAUGAACUUAGGAUCUGUGUUUCAAACUCAGCACCAAGAAGCGCUGUUGUGUUCUGCCUUUUGAAGUCAGGCAUAGGAGUCCAUUUUUGAAAGACAAAAUUGCUGCAGUCAGCCUCAUAAUAAAAAAUCCACAACACUAUUGGACAGCCAUUUGUCCAGGAUUCAAUAAGAUCUCCUACCUUGGGCAGUGGGUUGGACUAGAAAACCUCCAAGGUCCCUUCUAGCCCUCUGAUUCUAUAAUUCUAUGAAAUUAACAAGAAAAAAUAUGUUACCCAGAAUUACAUAUAGUUUGUAAUGGUAGAUAAAAUGGAUCAUUAUGUUUAUUAGAGUUACAUUCCACCUUUUCACCAGUGUUUACAGCUUGCAUACGUCAUUUCUUCACAAUGAAGCUAGGCUGAAAGGAAAGAAUGGUUCAAAAUCCCCUAGUGAAUUUUCAUGGCUCAGGGUGAAACUAAGUUGAACUCAAGUUUUCCAGUCUCUGUUCAAUAACAUAACAAUUAUUUUUUCCAUACAAAGCCCUGGUUGUCACAUUCUUUUUCAAACUCUAAGGAAAUCAGAAACUGCAUGCCUGAAUGCUUGAAAGCAUUUUACUCAUAUUAAAAAGUUCUUCUAAAUCUUAUGUAAAAAUAUUAAAAUGUAAAUAUCUGAUUAUGUGAAAUGAUACAGGAAUUUUAACAUCAAAUGCAAAUGUGUCAGUAAACAAAACAAGUUGUUGAAAGAAUGUUGACGUACAUAUGUAUAUGAGAGAGAGAAAAAGAACACAAUGGUUAAUAGUCUCAUACAUUAAAAAUGAAUUUGAACAUUUUUAGUCCUAGGGAGAAAUACCUUUAAAUGGGCAUCCCACCAUUAGGAGAAGUGUUAACCUAACCUUGAUUCGCAAAACAAUUGUAAGGGGGAAAGUUGUUGUUCAUUGCGAAGUUGUGUCCAACCCAUCGCAACCCAUUGUCCAGCCCAUGGACAAUGU